GCAAAACAGUCCCGUUUUCCAAGUAGUAAACGUACAGAAUAGAGCGGGUUCGGGUUUGAUUUGAUCAAGCGCGCCCGGCACACUUUCAACCCGAUCCGUUUUAUAUUCAGUUUCUCCGUAUCCAAGUCGCCACCCUUUUCCCCAGAAUUUCGCAGAUUUUCGCGAUGGGAGCAGAAGCCGAGGGUAUUCCGCCGCCGCAGCGCGCCGCCGGCGAGCCAGGAACUGCGGCGAGGGUGCAGCCAAUCACCGCAGCGCAGUUCCUCUCCUGGAAGCAGCGCAAGGAUGCAGAGGAAGCUGCAAGGAAAGCUGAAGCAGCUCAGAAGCGCGCCGCAGACAUAGCUUCAGGAGCGGUGCCAAUGAAUGGCCGAGAGCUGUUCCGGCAUGAGCCCUGGGUGUUUGACAAUAACAUUUACUAGAAUCAAUAAAUCAAACCUCCAGAAGCGCACGGGCCUCGUUCGUGGUGAAAUCGACCAGGGAGAUUCCGCGAACCCUUUGAGCUUUGUUUGAUGGAAUAUGUAAAACACUAUAUUUGUUACUGUUAACUCAAAAAGAGAAGGUGAUAGAUUUACCAUGGUCUUGCUUUAUAUGAACUGUCGUCUUUAGAAUC